UCCGGCAUCCACAUCGGUUUCGCGCGAACGGCAUCGCCAUUAGAUACGGUGCGGUCUGCUUUGUCGUUUAUGGUUUUAUGGUUAAGCGGGGCUCUCAAUCGUUCAUCACUUGGCGGUUAGAACUAAGGGUCAAAUGUCCGCUGGGUCGAUCCGGAACGAAGAAUACGAUCGCGAACGUUGACGUGUGUGAUCGUUGAAAUAAGUAGAAGAAUCGGGGUAAAAUCGGUCUGCCGCCAGGUGGAAUACUCUUCACAUCAAGAUAAAGGUGCUGUUCGCAAACUGGUUUUACAUUUUUUGUUGAUCUUUCGUUUUUUUGCUUGGGCUCGAAGAAGGACAAGACAGAACGCAAGAACUCGACGAGAUCGAAUCAGAAUCAAAAGGUGAGACAGUAGUUGCGUCAUUAUAUGCAAGUGGCUCAGCUUGAACGCACAAUUUGAGCGUAUUCGCAGGUCUUGUUGCUUGCGAUUGUCGUCGAUUGCAAAACAAGGUGUUAGUGUAAGUUCUGAGUGUACACCGGUAAUUUAGAUCGAAUUCGAGCUCGAUGUCGUAAAAUGGUGACCUACGAGUUCUGUAGAUCACUCAAUCCUUGCCGUGAGACUAUUUUUUCUCGGACACUCGCACACUUGCGACUUCUGUGACAUGUCUUGUGAAGGUGAAAAUCAAUCCAAUUAGUGCCGGCUUUUCGCUUUUUUUUAUUGUGUUCCGCGGUAUCGCACAUCUUUCUGUGUCUGUGCACGGUUCAAUGAGAAAGGCCAUCGAAUGAGCCUACAUUUUCGUGUGUAUUUCGACAAGUGUGUCCACGGCUGACAAACCUCACACCCCACGAUCGGACACGGCAGCCGAUGUGAACCGUCGAUUAUCCUUUGAAUCAAGACACGGUUGCCGAAUGUGAAUUGCAAAUAAGAAAAAGCCGGCAACCAGCCGACCGACGAAACAAGUGAUUUAAUUUGCCGAGAGUGAAACUGGGAAAUGCUUAGGCAGGAUUUGACAUCAAGGAAAGUGAUCGAUGAAGAAACUUCACAACGGAAUUUAUGACGGGUUUUUAACCUCGAAUUCUCGUGGUCAGCUUCCACCGAAUCUGUGGAACUACAGCAACAGAAGAUCGUCGAUCGCAAACAUUUAGGAAUGAUUGGUCACUGAUAGAUUCUAUUAACUUGUUUCUCUUCCCAUACUAGUGUUAAGGUGAUGCAAUGAAUAUGAAAAGAAACGGGAAAUUUGCAUGAGGAGAUCUUUACGAGAAGAGCGAAGAAGAAGAAGAAGAAAAGUGCAAAACAAAUUGUUUAUAGCAUUUAGACGUUCAUAUUUUUUCAAGUGCUUGUGCGUUCCGCGGGCAUGUGCCGGUCGUGUGGGUGUUUGCUAACUUAGUAGAUUUAUCGUCAUUAUGGCAUCCUACAACGAGCUCAACUUCGAGUGGUCCAUGCUCUGUGGGAAGGACUAUCGGGACUGGAACCAUUCAGAUCUACAAUUGGCAGCGGAACUCGGAAAAACCUUGCUGGAGCGAAACAAGGAACUGGAAAGUUCUCUCAAACACCAUCAGAACAUCAUUGAGGACCAGGCCCAAGAAAUCGAGUACCUCACCAAGCAAAAUGGCGCCCUUCGGGAAGUCAACGACUCGCGAAUGAAGAUCUACGAACAGCUGGAAGUCAGCAUACAAGACCUGGAACGGGACAAGUACAAGUUAGCGUUAGAGAACCAAGCCGAAAAGAAGCAUGCUAAAACCCUAUGUCGCAAUAUCGAAACAUUGGAAGCAAAGGUCGAAGAACUGAACAAAACUCUCGACGAGGUUCGAAGGCAGCUGGAAGCGGAACGGAAGAAGAACGAACGAUUGCGAAACGACGGUGGAACUGAACGAAAUGCCAAGGAUCAGAUUCAGUUGAGACCGGUCAAUUUCGAUGUGGACGAUGCUGGAGGCAGCGGACCGGAGGAGGAUGAGAUCACCGAAAUCGAUACGACAAAACCGGAGAACUUUUCCUUCGCCUUCCGUGAUCAAUCGCACUCGACAGAUGUAACGGAUUCCAGUCACCUCGGCAAUAGCUUCUCCCAUCUACAACUACCCAAUCAUCACAACAGUCAACAGCAGCAUCAGCAUCGAAUAACUGAUUUGAAUCUGACAGAGGAGAAUGAAGAACUGAUCCGAAUAAUGCAAGAAUUGGAAAAAACUCGCAAAUGUUUCGUUGCCGAACAAAAUCGGGUUGCGGAACUGGAAGAACAGCUGGCUGCCAUCGCACAGGAAAAUCAGAUCCUGCAAAGUAAAAUAGUGCAAAUCAACACCACGGAAGAGAUGAAGUCCGUUCACGAAGAACUCUCUAUUCUGGAGGAAGUCAGACAAGGUCAAAUGUGUACACGCUGCCUGCGUGGUUUCGAAGACCGGGCGGACGAUGAAUCCAUCAUCACCGGUACCGAGGACGACGACCGUAGUCUGAUGGAUUUGAUCCAGAACGCGGAAGCUCCGCAGGUCUAUCGAUCUUCAGUGACGAUCAAGACUUCUUCUCCUAAGCCAGAUACCUUGGAUCUGUCGGGUACUAGCUCAAACAAUCCGUACCGGGAGCUUGUGGAGAAGUAUGAAGCACUGUUGGAGGUCCAAAGGAAUUCGUUGAUACGCAAAAGUAGCGGUUCGGGUCCGCAAGGACAGCCGCAGCACGCAAUUGCACAGGACGGGACGAGUCUGCGACCGGUGGUCGUUGGCACGCAGCCAUCGAUGCACGACGAACUCGGAUCCGGAGAUUUCAGUUCGUUGAAUACCAAGUUUACGGAUGAAGAUGGCAGCAAGAAGGACGAUCAGAGCAGUAAUGGAACACGGCGAAAGAUUGGGCUUCGUACGCCGACGGAUUUCUCUGAGGCAGAAACAACCAGUUCCGGUUUUUCGGAUGAGAUUAGCAACAAAGCCACACAAACGGAUGAACGUCCGAGGAAUUUCCUGUGCACAAUUGCUGAUGGAGAGGACUGCAAAUUCAGCAUCUACGAAGAUCAAACGGUGAUCGAUUCUAGAUUCCGGUUCAGUCCAUCGCACCGGGAGCUGUUCCGGGAAAUAUUCGGUAUUCUGAAAAAAGCAGCCGAUAACCGUGACGAAGGUGAGCAGUUGCCAUUACUGGACGAUCAAAUACCUGCACCUUCAAAAGCCACCAGCGCACCAAAAGUUCCCCCAGUGACUCCAGCGAACGAGGAACCACCCAGCGAAUUCGGUGACGAUACCCAGAGUGUAAUUUCUUCUGCCGUCAGCGAGCAGUCGUUUGCCAUGUCGGAAUGUAUCACCAGAUCCGAACGGAAGAAGAUCGAGAAACAAGCCAAAUAUGCUGAGAAGCAUGGCGAACAAGAAAAUAAACCACCCAUCGGAGUCGCUGCGUUGCCCGAUGGACGCAUUCUGACACCAUACAAACGACAACCGCUGGAAUACCUAACCGUAUCUGUGGGAGUUAACAAGAAGAAAUCCCGGCGCCGUCGCAACCGCGGACCGACCGGAGCCGAUAGCUCUCUAGACCGAUCAGAUUCGCCAAUCACUCUUCCAUCACCACCACGAGUUUUCACCAGCAGUGGCAAGAAAGGACGUGCUUCCUAUCGCCCAUGGAAUCCAAAUGCAAUCGGUUCAAGCUCACCGGUAAACUCACCAGCCACUACCUCCGCCAAUGAGUGGAAUGGCAACUCCAUGACAGUGUACAAUCGGGGUCAUAACUCACCAACGCUGUCUUCGUCGUCACAGCGCACUCCAACUCAAGCGGCGAACGCUUCUUGGAAAUCCUCGGUGACACCGGCAAGUGCUGCAAGCCAAGGCAGCAAUCGCUAUGCCGAACUCACCGACGAAAGUGGCGAAAUUGUUCAGUUCAAACCGUCCUCGGCAAGCCACGAUCUGCACAAGCUCAAAAAGUUGGACCUCUCGUACGCGGAAGUUCUCCGUCGGGCGGACCACUGCAAGCAGCAUAACCAACGGCGCACGCAUCACAGUCACAAGUAAGGCCCCAGCAUGGUGGCAAUUGUCAGGUAGGUUUGUUUUACCCGGCCUUCCUUCGCGUCGAAAUUUGUGUUUAUGUGUAAUUAUCAAUGUGACGAAUUGUCGAAAGUUUUUUUUAAUUUAUGACUAGCCUGUAAAAAAUCGAAAGCAGCAACGAUACUCCACUAUUUUUCUACGAUAUUUGACUGCAAACUGAAAGCGUAAUAAAACGUAUUUUUCCUUGAAAUGUUAACCGAAAAAGUAAUUUUCCCCAAGGCUACGAAAAUCAGUAUUAGAACAUUUGAGCAAGCAAAAAAGUGUUUCGAACAGUUUGGAAACCUCUAUCGCAUUCUGUCAUCUAUUCUAUCGAUUUUCAAUUAAAGAAUAUACAUAAAUAUUUAUCUGCACGACAAUGAAAGGAAGCAUCACAAGAAAGCAACGUACGCCAUAUUGUUGAACUUGUUUGCUUUUCUAUGCACGAGUAAGCCUUAGUAAGCCGGGCAGCAUCGCCCGAAGUUAUUUAAUUUAGAAUCUUCUUGCAGUCACUGUUUUGUUCUAUUUCCAAAUGGACUAAAUUACUUAUUUAAACAACUGUUACCUAUUUGGCUUACACCAAUUCAAUUAAAUGCGUUAUUUACUUCUUUUUGUAUGUUAACUCUUUUAGUCGAACAGUUUUUUGCCGCUUUGUUUUAUAUUCUUUAUAUAAUUUUAAGUAAAAAAAAGUGAAACUCUAGUUUGAAUGGGACCGUGAGUUUGAGAACGAAAGACUAGAUAAGUAAUGUCAAAAUAGGAAAUCACUUUUGUAGGCGACAAUAGAUUGUCAUUUCAUACACUAAGACAUUCAUAUAAACACACAAUUAUAACCUUUUAUGAAAUAAUAUGCAAAUGAAAGCAAAGCCAGCCGCUGAAGCCGCAUUAUAAUAGAAGUUCAAAUUUCAUAAAUUGUUUAUUCUAUAUAACAAUACAAACAAACAAACAAUCAAAACAAUAUAACCAGCAACCAAUGUACGGGGAACUUUUUUUUAAAUUAUUUCAACUUACCGACAAAAUACUACGUAAAAUAGCUCAACAUAUAAAAUAUAAAAAAGAAUAUCGUAACGCUGAUUCAACAACCUGAAAUUGUACUUCGAAAGACGUUCUUUGAAGAAGAAAAAAUGCGUAAUAGAGCAAAUUCUUUGAAUCCACCAAAUAUUCAGAGAUUGGACUGCGUCAAUAGGAGAUGACGCUAUUGGCGUUUCGUGCAGAACAACAGAUGUUUGCUGCCGAUGGAAGGUGUUUUCUUCCUAAAUGUGCAUGCAGGAUCGUAUUGUGGAACGAGAAACGAACGAUAUUUGUAAACAGAGAACCUAACAAUUCCGUGACUAAGCAGCAAAUAAUGACAAAUGAAAGACUAUGGAUAAUAAUUUAAA